AUGAUCGCUGCGACCAACUACCUACCGGAUGAACACGGACCAGCAAAUACAGCUGCUAACGUUGAAACGGGCUCAGAAGAUGAUUUAAAAGCGGCCUUAGCUGGCCUAGCAGCGAGUUCAGCUAACCCUGAAGACAGAUUAGACGAGGGUUUAGACGGGAGUUCAGAAGACGGUGAAGGUGAUGGAGAUGAUGGGGAUGGUGAAAACGAUGACGAUGACGACGAUGACGACGAUGACGAUGACGAUGACGAUGAUGAUGACGACGAUGGAGACUAUGACGAUGAAGAGCUUUUCAUUGAAGAUAUGAGUCCUUGGGGCGGAAGGAGCUUGGAUCCCUCUGCCAAAUACUGCACUGACGAAACGCGUUGGGCUCGUGAAAUACGCCUGAGGGUGACUUUAAUUUGUGCUGUUCCUGUCCUUCCUCUGCUUCUUCAUCUUCUCAUUCCCCUUCCCCUUCCUCUGCCUCCGCCCUGGUCCUCUUCAUCCUCUUCAUCCUCUUCAUCCCCCUCCAAUCCCUGGUACGAUGGAAGUGAUGAUAGUGAUGAUGACGAUGACGAUGACGAUGACGAUGACGAGGAUUACGACGAUGAUGACAGCGCUGAUGAUGCAGUUGCUAUCGUUAAUGACGGAGAAGGAAAUAGUAGUUUCGAUGAUCUCGAGAUGUUCUAUGCAAAACGUGCUGCGAGCGAAAAGGAGAGGAAACACGAACGCGAAAAUCGAGACUGUACCCUCUCAAAAUGA